GUUAAGUCCUCACGUGGCACAUCACUAUGCUUCCACCUUCUGAGUCCGGACCAAUACAUUAAAAUAAAAAUAAAAAUGGCACUCAUAGUCAUAUCAUCACCGGCUCACCGUCGUGAAUAUCAAAAUUAACCCCUUAUUUUCACCUUAAAAAUCCUUUUUCACUACAUCAACACGCUACUCUCCAAAAAUGUCAAAUUCACCAGAAACCGGCAAUCAACGGCGUAAAGAAGUAGUGGUUUGCGGUGGCGGAGUCAUCGGAGUCUGUACAGCAUAUUUCCUCGCCAAAAACGGCGCUAUUGUAACCGUUAUUGAACAAUCAUCCAUCGCAUGCGCAGCUUCUGGAAAAGCCGGCGGAUUUCUCGCUUUAGAUUGGUGCGACGGUGGGCCCGUCUCUUCUCUCGCUCGUGCUAGCUUUAAUCUCCACCGCUCAUUAUCUGAUGAGCUAGAUGGGGCUUCAUCGUACGGCUAUCGUCCUCUGACUACUCUUAGCGUUUCAAUAGACGAGUCCCAAAGUGGUCCUAGUGGGAGAGCCAAAGAUGUGCCGUCUUGGAUUGAUGGGCCGGUAAAGGAGUGGAAGCCCAUUGGGACGGCCCAAACUACGGCCCAAGUUCAUCCACAGUUGUUUACAAGGUGUUUGAUGACGACAGCGGUGGAGAAUUAUGGAGCGAAGGUAGUGAUUGGGAAGGUGGAGAAGGUUGGGUUUACGGCGGGGGAUGAUGGUGGGCGAGUUGAGUCGGUGGUUUUAGAAGAUGGGCGAGUUAUUAAGGCUGACUCGGUUGUGUUGGCUGUCGGGCCUUGGUCUUCUAAAUUGGGUAUAGUGUCGUCAUUGUUUAGGGUGUAUGGGCUUAAGGCCCAUAGUAUUGUACUGGAGCCCAAAGAUCCUGAUGCUAUAACGCCUCAUGCAUUGUUCCUAAGUUAUUAUUCAGCUCAGGGUGGAAAGCCCAUGGAUCCUGAAGUUUAUCCCCGGCCCACUGGUGAGGUGUACAUAUGUGGAAUGUCAACAACAGAAGAGGUGCCAGAUGAUCCCGAGCAAGUUGUACCCAAUCUAGAAUCAAUACGAGUGCUGAAACAGGUGGCCAGGAACGUGUCAACGCACUUAGAAGGAGAAGCACAAGUAAAGGCCGAGCAAGCAUGCUUCUUGCCAUGUACCGAUGAUGGUAAUCCUGUCAUUGGGGAGCUUCCAGGUAUGAAAGGGUGUUUUGUGGCAACGGGGCAUAGCUGUUGGGGUAUCCUUAAUGGUCCAGCAACCGGAGCUGCCUUGGCUGAGCUUAUAAUGGAUGGUCAAGCCAGUAUAGUCGAUCUCCGAUCGUUUUGUCCCGCAAGGUUUGUUGCUCCUAGUAGAAGGUGAUAGAAGUCGCACUUGGUUUUUGAAACUUGGUUCGUUUGCCACUUUGGUGUUGUAUAUUAUGGUCCAUUUUAACUCCUUCAAGUGGGGACAAUAUCAAUUACUGCUUACUAAGAGAAGUCAAAGGUAGUCUUGGAACAAGUUUUUACAACUUUAGUAAAGAGAUUGUAAGUUCAAUUACUUUGUGAAAUUUGUUGAGCAUGAAUAUACAAUUACAUAAUUUAAACUUAAAUUAUACAUUGUUUUUCUU